CUGGACCUGGAGCUUAUUUUCCGCUUUCAACCGUUUGUGUUUAGACUUGCAUUAUUAUUAGCUAAUCAAAUUGUUAAAACAACGCUACUAGAACCGUACGUUUUCGAGAUUAAAUCAUGCCUUGUCUCGUGCCGACAUGUCUCCGAGAAAAUGAAAAAAUGGUACCGUUUCCUGAUGAGCACGAACUCGCCGCUAGAUGGUUUGAAGCAAUCGAAAUUGGAUGCGGAUACCCGAUAAUUUCUGAGGAUGAUUGCCGCCCGGAAAUAUGCAGUUUGCAUUUUGCGACUGUUACCCCAUACAAAUACGAAGAACCGUCUAAAUUCAUCCACAGCGAUGGAACCUGUACAACAAUCAGUGGUUGCAGGAUGUGCUUAGCUUUUUUUCCGAACGAAGAUAUGGUUGCCAUUGCAGGUACCGUAGGGAAACAAAAAAUUGCCUUUCUGCUGGACAGGAUGGGUGUUAAUUUUUCCGAGAAUAAUUUUCUGCAAUCAAUUUGCUUGACGUGCUUUGCUCAGUUAGAAAUUUUCACAUUUCUCCGCACAAAAGUUACCAAAUCUGAGCAAGGGUUUCAGCAAUUGUUACAAAAAAGUCAGAACAUAAUGCAGCACGCUGACAAACCAGAGGAGGUCUUGUGUCCAGUUGAUAUUAAGAUGGAAAUGUUGUCCGAACCGGAAUUUGACGUCAAUAAUAGUAGUGAUGAAGAGUACAAACCGAUAGUGCAAAGAAAACGUGCUAGUCGGAAAGUGAAACUUCUGGAAGAUCCAUCACCGAACAAAACUGGGGUUCGCAAAUCCGUCAAGAAAAGAAGAGCAAGAGCGUCAAAAACCAAAGUAAAGUACGAGACUAGUUUACAGGAAAAGAUUAAACAAACUUGCUAUAUAUGCAAUACGGUUUACCCAGAUGCCAACCAGUUGAUGAUUCAUCUCACAGAAAAUCACAACUCGGAGUCGGGCUAUCGAUGCGACGAAUGCUCGUUAGAGAUCCCUAUGUUAUACACGUAUAAUCGUCAUCUGAGCCGACACAAUGAAUUGCGGCUGGGAUUCCAGUGUAGCAUUUGUUCUAUGCGGUUUUCUUGCGAUUUUCGAGUGAAAAUUCAUGAAAAUAAAGUACAUGGGACAAAGCACAACGUAAAACCAGUGGUAAAUAAACUACGCGAAGUAGUUUGCCAUCAAUGCGGGAAAGUCAGCGACAAUCGUCGAAUUAAAGAUCACAUUUUAGAGGUCCAUCAGAAGGAAAGCCUACCGAAAUGCCUUUUAUGCGAGAAAACUUUUACGACAUCGCGAAGUCUCGAGCGGCACAUGUUAGUACAUACGGGUAUAAAACCCUACAGUUGUGACCAAUGUGACGCGACAUUUCGACGUUUACUGGAUUAUCGUCACCAUAAAAGCAUAGUACACGACGGCGUUAAUCCACAUGUUUGCUCCGAAUGCAAUGAAGAAUUUAAAAACUAUCGACAGUUAUACAAUCACAAACAGGAAGUACAUCAGAAUAAAAUUCCUAAAACUAUACAAAGCGAAACAUGCAAACUGUGUCAAAUACAAUUUGCAAAGGCCAGUGAGUUGAUGACUCACAUUGGUAUACAACACGCAGACGAAGAAUACCCAGUGCUCAAGUGUCCGCAUUGUCCCAAAACAUUUAUAUUGGCGUUGCGGCUCUCUACCCAUAAGAUAAUGCAUACGGAUCGGUAUGCCUGCAAAGAAUGUGGCGCCGGCCAUAUCGACAAGAAGAAGCUUCAGUAUCAUAUGGAUCUCAAACACCCGGACGGUCGCGUGUAUGCCUGUACCAAUUGCUCUUCAACCUUUACUAGUUUAAACCAGCUUAACGAGCACAGUGUAAUUCACACCAAAGGCAAACAGUACCAGUGCGAGUUCUGUACGAAAUCGUUCCUACGCCGGUUUCAGCUUACAAUUCACAUCCGAACUCACACAGGAGAGAAACCAUUCCAGUGCGAUGGAUGUUUGAAGCGCUUCGGUGACGAUGGAACGUUCUGUAAGCACAAAAAACGCUGCCAGGCGUACAUUAACUUAUCUAAGUAGGUAUCCUGAAAGUGCAUUAGCAUUGUGUUUUGGAUCGGAAGUUUUUGGUUGGAGCUGCAUAUUUUAAAUAUUUGAUUCAUUUUUUCAUUUCAAUAAUACAAUAUGAGCACA